CACCGACAUCUGCCGCUGUGAAGCGAUGCAAGCGCUCUUUCCUGCGCCGCCAGCAUGGGCAGUGCAGGCGGUACAACCAAUCUGCGACCUGAUCACCCUGCCAAUGCUCUCGCGGCACUUGCAUGUCGUCAUCGGUGCAGCGUUCUUCUACCACGGUGUCAUGAAGGUCUCGGCCUUGAUCAGUCCCGUCUUUAGCAGCUACAACAAACUCGAUCGACGCACUAAAGUCAACUGGGACAUUCACACAGUUUCCUUUGUGCAAGCAAUCAUCAUCUUGUACUACUCGUAUAUUGUCCAUGUGUGGGAUAUUGCGUUGCACCAGGACAAGGUUGACGCCUAUUCUCCCUAUGCCGGUGAUGUUUACGCACUGGCUUGCGGGUAUUUUCUGUGGGAUUCAUACGUGAGUCUCAAGUACAUGCGGUGGUUCGGCUUUGGCUUUGUCUUUCACGGCCUAGCGUCUCUGCAAAUCUUCAGCUUCAGCUACAGACCGCUCUUACAGUAUUGGGGUCCCAUCUUUCUUGCGUUUGAGGCGUCUACGCCGUUUCUCAAUAUCCAUUGGUACUUGGACAAAGUCGGCAUGACUGGAUCACGCCUACAACGGGUCAACGGCGCCUUUCUACUCGCGACUUUCUUCCUUGUGCGCAUCGUCUGGGGCUGGUACUCGGCAUACAACUUGUUCACAAUGCUCUGGGCAUUGUACAAAGCUGGUCGCAGAGACUUUCAAGGAUUCGGGAUUGUCUAUUUUGUGUCCAACAUGUCGCUCAAUCUGCUAAAUUUGUACUGGUUCUGGAAGAUGAUUGAGUCGCUCAAGAAGCGCGUCAAGCCGGUAAAGAAGGCACAGUAACUGAGCUGCAGCCUGAGAGCAGCCGCUGCAUCGUCAAGUAGCAGUGCUAGUGGUACAGCACGCGAGAGCGACUUGAAUACAUGUGCCAUAGCUUUAGACUUGCGCUUUAGAUGAUAAGGCAUCAUGCGAUGAAGAGUUGCUCAUAGCAGCCAUGAUGCAGCUGUUAUAGUGUAGAUGUGCUUCCAGGAGGCAUACAUUGAUUCUCGUACGAAUUGC